AUGGUCCAACCUUCUUUCGAAAUGCGCGUGAGAGGGAUCCGCUUACCUGGCUCUGAUGCGGACCUCGCUUCCGGGAGCCUUCUGGCUGAGAGAGGCGAAGAUGGAGAACAGCAGCACGACUCUCGGUCUCUCUGCACGGCUUAUAUCGCGAAAAGCCCGGCCCUAUCGUUGUCGUUUGGUGCUGGUAUUAUCAUGGUCUUCGCAGCCAUCUGCUUCACCUUCUGGCUGAGUAGACAAACAUUCACCUGCCCGGAGUGGGCAGUCGACUGCCAUGUUGUCGAUUCCGUGGCAUACAUCCGUAACAAUAUCACGCAAGUCCAGAGUAUCGUGGCAAUAUUAUACACCCUCGGACUCAGCGCUCUCGCCUACUCGGUCUGCGCUUUCGCCGAGACAGCUACUUGGCCGUUGAUAAAGCAACAGAGCUUUACUUUGCGGGAGUUGGAUACGCAUCUUUCCGCGUGUCGAGGAUCCGUGCCGUCGAUUCCUCUCGCAGUAUGUUCAAUUCGGACUGGUGAGACAGCACUUGUCCUGACAGUGCUUGCGUUCACGAUUUUGGGCAAUUUGGCGUCCCCUGCCCUUGUUGGACACGUCUACAAUAAAGUCAACGAGACCAUUAUCUUGCAGAGUAACUAUACCCCCGGCGGCGGUGUAGAGGGGCGGUUUUCGCAAGUUAAUCCUCCCACGUCAUUCGUCCCACUAGCCGCCCAAUUCUAUUCGUCUUGGUCAAUCGGCAUCUCGGACGAGCCCAUGCCCGAGCACCGCGAUUGGUAUAUUCAACGUUCGUCGUUGUCAAAACGCGGAAACUUCACAGCCCAUGCUGUGAGGUUAGAGAAAUCCAUCACAUGCCAGGGCUACAGACUCGACCAAGAUUCUAGCGCGGAUCUCACUUUCGAAACCAACAUGGCUGUGCACAAUCCCCGCGACCAUGCUGACAAUCACUCAGCUACUGUUCUCCUUCGAGACGUAGCGCAAUUUACCACCUGGGUGUACGACUACGAGUUCAUAUCGGUUAAUCGCACCCGCGCCACAGUAGUGUUCGCCGCUCUGAAUGGCAAGAUUGACCAAGGAACCUGGACUAAUAUUCAAGGCUCCGAACUGGUCUCCGGAGCCUCGGCCGUUGCGUGUGACAUUGAGGUCGGUUUUGUGAAUGGUAUUUUGAAAGUUGGCGACACGCAAGACCUCAACACGGUGUUUUUCGACUCAAACAGGCUGAAUGCGGUGGAGACCAUCCAUGACGAUUGGCCUUCGCCUGACAAGAGCCUCAACGAGGUCCUAUUAUGGUUCGCUGUGGCUCCUGUGCUCUGUGGGACGUCCCGAGCCGGUAUGCAGCCCACAUUUUUCAACGCAUCCAAUCAGUAUUACACUUCGCACUUGCCUAUCGUUGACACCAGCACGAAUGUAAUAAAACAAAACAACUGGACAACUGCAGGUAUCCAACAUUAUAUUAACAUCUCCAUUGGUGCGGUCACCCUUGCAACGGCGCAAUUCUAUGCCCUCAACGAAACAUUAAUACACACCCAGUUCAUACAAGCGAAAUUGGACCGUUCCAGACCUUUCUUGCUCUUGAUUCUCCCGUUGCUUGGCAUAGCUUCUGCCACCGCUCUGGCCACCUGGAACUCAUGGGCCCACCGGAGAUAUCGCGUCACGCCUGUGCGCGCGGCUGGGUUGGCGGAAGUGGCGGAAAGUUCGAAGAUAUUUGAGUUCAGAAAGAUGGUUGAUGAGGACAAGCAAUUCGCAGAGAGGCGGUUGAAGCUUGCUGGAGGAAUGAGUGCUGCUGCGGGUGGUCUGGUUCCGAUAUGA